UCCCUCAUUUCCAAUUAGCCCGUGAUGGGUCAGCUAAUGUAAUCAGGAGUAACUACAGCGCGCCCAGAGCUUCCUCUCUCAGUCUGCCCCAGACUCAGCACAGACACACUCCUCACACAGGAAGGUGAGUGACUCUUGGUCACAAUGACUGAGCGCUACGACUGCCACUACUGCAAGGAGUCCCUGUUUGGGAAAAAGUACGUUCUUCGAGAGGACAAUCCCUACUGUGUGAAAUGUUAUGAGAGCCUGUACUCCAACACUUGUGAAGAGUGCAAGAAACCCAUUGGCUGUAACACCAGGUCUCCACCUACAGCAGAAAGUCACAAAUGUUCAACUUUGGAGUGCAUAGAUGUACAGGAUGAACUCCAGCCACUUAGUGCUGAUUUAAUUCUGGUUAAAUUUAUUCACACCAUUCACAAUUCAACCAGUUUUAUCCAAACUGACCUGAUUGUGAUAAAUAAACCCAAUUACUCUAUUAGGAUUCAAAGCUGCCUUUUGGUGGUUACUAUUGUUCUGCCUCAGCACUGGUUCUUUUUCCAUCUCUUUAACUUCCUGUUGUCUAUUCCAUCUCGACUUCCUGAAGGCUCCAGGAAGAUGGAGCACAAGGGCAACAGCUGGCAUGAGACCUGCUUCACCUGCAAGCGAUGCCAGCAGCCAAUCGGUACCAAGAGUUUCAUCCCGAAGGAGAACCAAAACUUCUGUGUGCCCUGCUACGAGAAGCAGUUUGCCAUGCAGUGUGUGCACUGUAACCUGUGCACCAGCUGCAAGCAGCAGUUGUCUGGCCAGAGGUUCACCUCCAGAGAUGACUUUGCCUACUGUCUGAACUGCUUCUGCAACCUUUAUGCCAAGAAGUGUGCCUCCUGCACCACCCCAAUUAGUGGUCUGGGAGGAAGCAAAUACAUCUCCUUCGAGGAGCGCCAGUGGCACAACGACUGCUUCAACUGCAAGAAGUGCUCUGUGUCCCUGGUUGGCCGUGGCUUCCUGACUGAACGGGACGAUAUCCUGUGCCCUGAGUGUGGCAAAGAUAUCUAACUCAACCUGAGGGAUAACAAUACAAUUAACAAAUGGCAGAUAUUGAAUAAGUACUGUUAGACCAUAAAACAUAUAGCAUCUUUAACAUAACUAUGAUUGUACAUUGUUUUCAGCUCUGGAUGGCACACUAAUUGUGUUCUUUAACUUCAUAAAGCUUAUUCAAAGUUACCUGCAAGUUCCUUCAAGAUGAAAAUGUAUUUACUAAUAAAGUAGCUGUAGGCAUGAAUGUAAAGAGUUGCAUGAUAAAUAAAGCAACAGCGUUAAUUUAAACGUUCA